CGGAGAGAGAGAGAGCGCGAGGGAGAGAGAGAGCUAGCAGAGUCGCUGCAGUGAUCGACGCUUUUCCCCUCUUUUCCCAUGCAGUGCACUUGCCUGGCGAUGCUACAGCUGGAGUGUGCCUCUACAAGAGGCGGGAGAUGCGCAUCAGAAACCCGCCAUCCGUUAGAUGCUCUCUCCACUUCAGGACGGAAGUGACUUAAUGUGGAUGCUGUGCUCAGGUGCAAACUUGCAGUGAAAUAAAUCCAAUCCACGCUGAUAUGUGGAGAUGAUUGAUAGCUGCAGGUAGCCUUUUUAAGGCUGUAUUUCAUUCAGUUGGACUCGGAAGUCGGCCGCGUCUUCAGCUGUUGCAUUUGGGGGCUGAAGUGUUCGAAGCGUCAGAGCGGGGCCAAGCACCAAUGCCAUUUUAUUUCGAACAUUAAUUCCGGAUUAAUUGGACUUGGGCAACGGAUCUUGGCUGAGGUUUGCCUGUCAGAGAUCUCUGACUUGUAUUUCAAGCCUGUUGUCGCUGGUAUUCUCGGCAGCGGAACUAUAGCAAUGGAGAAAGCUAGUCAACCCCAGCCACAGCUUUCGCUGUCCAUAGCAACGGCUGAAAGUCCGCCUGAGGACAUCUCAAAUAUAUCGGACGAAGACCUUCUCAAGUGGACCAAAGAGGAUUUGGUGCGCAGACUCCGGAGGUCUGAAGCCGACAAAAUGAGCGUUAUACUGGACCAUGGCAAUUUGAUACGCGAGGUCAAUCGCAGCCUCCAGCUGCACUUAAACGAGAUCAGGGGGCUGAAGGACAUAAACCAGAAGCUGCAGGAGGACAACCGGGAGCUGAGGGACCUGUGUUGCUUCUUGGAUGACGACCGUCAGAAGGGCAAGAGGGUAUCACGGGAGUGGCAGAGACUGGGCCGCUACAGCGCCUCCAUCAUGAGGAAGGAGGUGACACUGUACCUCCAGAAACUCAAGGAGCUGGAGGCGCGGCAGGACGACGUGGUACGAGAAAACCUGGAGCUGAAGGAGCUCUGCCUGUUGCUCUACGAGGAGAAGAGCGUAGGAGGAGGGGGAGGAGGAGGCAACGCAGUCGGGGUCGGCGCAGGCGGGGCUGGGGGAGGGGGGGUGGGCGUAGGAGGAGGCUGCAGGGGUUCCAUCGACAGCCAGAGCAGCUUGUUGCUGGUCCCCGGGGCGGGCCUGCUGAUGAGGGACGUCGGCGACGGGAGUAGCACAUCCAGCGCGGGCAGCGCCGACAGCUCUGAGCACCCCCACCACAAACAGCCACACCUGGCCGCACAGGCAGGCAGCGUUGCCGGUGUCGGGAGCCCGGAGCUUCUCCACAAGCCCAGGGGCGGCAGCACAGGGGCGGAGCGCGACCUCCCAUCCAGCCCCGAGCCUCCGCACCCCCAGGGCAGGCACCGCAGCACCAGUCUGGAAUACCCGUACGCCAUGCCCCAGCCCUGCCGCCCACGCUGCGGCUCCAUCUCCGUGCCGGAUCACACCCACAGCGGCCGCGCCAUGCGUGGCCUCAGCCCCGAGAAGUACGGGCGCAACGUGGGCCGCCGGAGCCCCGAGUCCCAGCACGCGACCGCCAAGCACCACCACCUGCACGCCUCGGACCUGCUCCUCUCCCAGAAACAGCAGCACCUCCUGGGGUCGGGUCAGGGCGGCAGCGCCGGCGAGCUCUACCAGAGGCACCGCAGGGGGAGCAUCGGCGGCGGUAGUUGCUGUGGGAGCCCCGAACCUCGGCAGGCACAUUUAGGGCUGGGGAUGUCCGAGCACCAGCACCAUGAGAAGGGGUGUGUGAUGUCGGCCGGGGGGAGUCCAGAGACCCACAGGCAUCAGUAUAGUGUCAGCCCUGACCACGUUAAGUUUGGGAGCCCCGGGAGGGAGUUACAGAGGAGGCCUGCCACCGCCGAAGAGCUUUCGCCGCAUCACAGGAGUAUCUACAAUGGCAUGAACGCUUUGAUAUCAGCUGGCUGCUGCUCCACCAACUGUAGAAGUGUAAAGCUGUGGGACAGUUUCGAUGCCUCUUCUUGACCACACUGCACCCCAGCCAGGACGUUUGGGUUGAGGAAUACCUCAGGCUCCUCAUAGGGGGUCCAACCAUGCUGCUUCCCCUGGCCCAGAUAGACACCUGGACGACUGGACACCCCUCUUUAAGCUCCUGAUGGUCCUUCCCAGGUCGCCCUCAUUCACUGGUCAAACGAUAGCCUCAAACUGGACACCCCUCUCUAAGCUCCUGAUGGUCUUUCCCAGGCCGCCCUCAUUCGCUGGUCAAACGACAGCCUCAAACUGGACACCCCUCUCUGAGCUCCUGAUGGUCUUUCCCAGGCCGCCCUCAUUCGCUGGUGAAACAACAGACUCAAACUGGACACCCCUCUCUAAGCUCCUGAUGGUCUUUCCCAGGCCUCCCUCAUUCGCUGGUCAAACGACAGCCUCAAACUGGACACCCCUCUCUGAGCUCCUGAUGGUCUUUCCCAGGCCGCCCUCAUCCGCUGGUCAAACGACAGCCUCAGUGUUUCCAGAAUGUGGGAGGGUUUAGUGAAAACUACUAUUAGUGUGGAUGGUAUACCUGUGUUCCCAAAGACUGCCUCAGCCAGCCGGAUGAGACCCAGCCAGGAUACUGGAUGUUUCUCUCCCCGCCAACCACCAUGACAUGGACUACCUCCCGGAGAAUGAGAGAAGCUGGGGAAGGAGUGAGUAGAGUAGGGAAGGACAGUGUGUUCUGCUCUUCUCGGUUUACAGAUGCAACUCAUCAGUCUGGGGUGCACAAUCAAACUUUAGCCCCCCCCCCCCACACACACACACUCUCUCCAUCUGUUCCUCUCUCGCACGGUUUCUCCUGGCCUCUGUCCCUCUCCAAUUCCUCGUACUGUCUCACCCUACCCUCCAUUACUUCAUUCCCCUUCUCUCUCUCUCUCUCCUUUUCCCAUUCCCUUUCUUGCCACCCGUCUCCCCCUCUCUCUCUUCCAGUCUCCCUGCAGCGGUCUCCACAGAUAUUCAUCAUUUUCUUGGUGUGUAAUGAAACUGUAGUAAUCUAAUGUUCCUCCCCUCGUCUCCAGACAAAAAUCUAUCUGAUUACAUUAUCCUCUCCUCUCUCUGUCUCUAUCUCAAACUUAUGUCAAAACAUCUGCUGACAAAGCAAAAAAGUUUGUAUUAUAAAGGGAUGGUUCAGCAAAAUUACAUUGACUAUUUUCCAUGCCUUGAAAACAUUUAAGUUGGUGAUUAAAAUGUGUAAUUUACUUGAACUAUCUCUUUAAGAAGUUCCAAGGAACCGAAGACAGUUACCCUCCACUACCAACAUACUGUGUCUUACUACAAACUACAAAAAUGGCCACCGAUGUUAGCUUGUUGGGUAAUAUUGUAGUUCUAACCAGAUACAGUGUUACGGUGUUAGCCUAUUUUUCUUUUUUGUAUAAAUCUUGCUCCCUUCCGUGCUACUAUAUUUCCAGCUAGGGAGGUGAGUAUACAUUCUCCAUGUUGUUUUAUACAAGUGAAGUCAAAGUACAUAGUAGUUUAUUGGAAUUAGUUUUCUAUAUAUAUAUAAAUAUAUAA